UUGCAAAGUGCCACAAAACAGCAAAGAAGUAUCUGUUUCGGAGUCGAACAGAUUUCGGCUAGCUGCAGUGUGUGUAUGAAGUACGAGAGGUUACGUAUUUAGCGAUACUUAUUAUACUUAUAUUCUCCGCCAUUCAACGGAAUUUACUGCAGAUUUAAGUUUGCGGAUUGUUGUCAACCCCGCCCCCAGAAAUGGCAGAAAAUACAGAGCAAAACGAGGCAAAGCAUGAGAGCUCACCAUCCCCUGGGAUGACAGACCAAGAGAAAGAAAUUGCGGCGAGUGCAUAUGAAGCAUUUUCAGCUGGACAGUAUGAUGAGUCUCUCAAACAUCUUGACGCCCUGCAGGAGGUCAACAAAGAGGAUUACAAGAUCACCAUGAAUAGGGCUGUUGUUGAAUUUUACAAAAGUGAUCAGACUACCACUGGGAUGCUGAAGCAAACCCUGAUGGCAAUGAAGAACCAGGUUCACACAUCAGCAGAGGAUGUUGAUGGGCUGGAUGAUGUUGAAAAUAAUUUGCUGUACUAUAAUCAAGCCAUCAUCCACUAUCAUCUGCGGCAGUACUCUGAGGCCAUCUCAAUAGGAGAGAAGCUCUACCAGUUUUUGGAACCAUUUGAAGAGAAGUUUGCUCAGGCUGUGUGCUUCUUGCUGGUGGAUCUCUACCUACUCACCUUCCAGCCAGAAAAGUCCCUCCAUCUGCUGGCUGUGCUGGAAAAACUUUCUGUACAAGGAAGCAACAAGAACGGCAAAGGAGAGAACAACAGUUCAAACAAAGAGGGUGCCAACCAGAAGGCUGAGUUUGCAGCCGUGAUUGAAGCAGCCAAAUCCAAAAUACACCAGUACAAAGUGAGAGCCUACAUUCAGAUGAAAUCUUCCAAGGCCUGUAAAAGGGAAAUCAAAUCAGUGAUGAACACAGCAGGAAAUUCUGCACCCUCACUCUUCCUCAAAAGUAACUUUGAGUAUUUGAGAGGAAACUACCGGAAAGCAGUGAAGCUACUGAACAGCUCUAACAUUGCGGAGCAUGCUGGACCCAUCAAGACAGGUGAAUGUGUACGAUGUAUGUUCUGGAACAAUCUGGGCUGCAUUCACUUUGCAAUGGGGAAACACAACCUAGGCAUUUUCUACUUCAAGAAGGCGCUGCAAGAAAAUGACCACACCUGUGCACAGCUGGGAGAUGGCAACAGUGGGCAGUCAAAAAAAUUCACAGGCAUCCCCAUGUGUGCUUUACUAGCCAACAAACGCUAUGAGCUACUGUAUAACUGUGGUAUUCAGCUGCUGCACAUUGGCAGGCCUCUGGCAGCAUUUGAGUGUCUGAUGGAAGCAGUGCAGGUAUACCACUCCAACCCUAGACUCUGGCUGCGGCUUGCAGAAUGCUGCAUCUCUGCUAACAAAGGGGGGUCGGAGCAAGAAAACAAAGGUUUGCCUUGUAAAAAAGGAAUCGUUCAGUCAAUUGUUGGGCAGGGCUACCAUCGCAAGAUCAUUCUGGCAUCCCAGUCUACGCAGAAUACUGUCUACAGUGAGGGGCAGUCAGCAGCUAUCCCAGUAGCCAGUAUGGAGUUUGCAGCUAUUUGCUUGAGGAAUGCUCUGCUAUUGCUGCCUGAACACCAGCAACAGGACAUCAAGACAGAGAACAGCUCCAAAAGCUCCAGUCAGUCAGGAAGCACUGAGAGCGGAAGCGAGAACAGUGAUGCCUGCAGUGGGAAAGGUCAGGAUGCUGAUAAGUUUCUGUCUGCAGCACCAUCAUCUCCUCUAAGGAAACAGGAGGUAGAAAACCUCAGGUGCUCCAUCCUGGCCUGUAGUGCCUAUGUGGCGUUGGCGUUGGGAGACAAUCUAAUGGCUCUAAACCAUGCUGAGAAACUACUCCAUCAAACUAAGGUGUCAGGAUCCCUCAAGUUUCUAGGUCACCUAUAUGCUGCUGAAGCCCUGAUCUCUUUGGACAGGAUCUCUGAUGCUAUUGCGCACCUCAACCCAGAGAACGUCAGCGAUGUGUUAAUGGGGGUUCUGACCAGCGACCAAGACCAAGCAGGGUCUGACAAAGGAGAUGAGCCUGUUGAGUCCUCAGGGAAGCAAACUCCCUUGUGUUACCCCAGCAGCGUGACAUCAGCUCGGGCCAUGAUGCUCUUCAACCUGGGUAGUGCUUACUGCUUGAGGAGUGAAUAUGAGAAGGCCCGCAAGUGUCUGCAUCAGGCAGCAUCAAUGGUGAACACAAAGGAGAUUCCACCUGAAGCCAUCCUGCUGGGAGUGUAUCUAGAGCUACAGAAUGGUCAGAUCUGUCAGACACUCACUGGCAUAACUCUCUCUCUGUCUGUCUUUCUCUAUCUCUCCCACACCACACACUCUCUCUCUCUCUCUCUCUCUCUCUCUCUCUCUCUCUCUCUCUCUCUCUCUCUCUCUCUCUCUCUCUCUCUCUCUCUCUCUCUCUCUUCCUCUCUCUCUCCCACCACCCACACAUACUCUCUCUCUCCCUCGCUCUCUCUCUCCCACCACACACUCUUUCUCUCUCUCACGCUCUCUCUCUCACGCUCUCUCUCUCACGCUCUCUCUCUCUGUCCCACCACACUCUCUCUCUCUCUCUCUCUCUCUCUCUCUCUCUCUCUCUCUCCCUCCCACCAUACACACUCUCUCUCUCUCUCCCACCACACACUCUUUCUCUCUCUCUCUCUCACGCUCUCUGUCCCACCACACUCUCGCUCUCUCUCUCUCUCUCUCCCACCACACACACUCUCCCUCUGUCUCUCUGUGUAUACAUAGAGAUAGAGAUGCAGACGUACCAAUCAGGCAUAACACUAUGACCCACUGCCUAAUAUUGUGUCAGUCCCUUUUGUUGCCAAAACAGCCUUGACCUUUUGAGGCAUGGACUCCACGAGACCCCUGAAGGUGUGCUGUGGUAUCUGGUACCAAGAUGUUUAAGAAAUGAGAAGCUCCUCACUGCAUCAGCUAGGGUUAAAUCAUAUUCAUAACCCUGGCAAAGUUUGACUACUAUAUCCCACCCACUAACGGGUACCGUGACGAAAAGGUCAUCAGAGGAGAUUGUAAACCAUCUGUUUAUCUCGUCUAUUUUGUCACCAUGCUUUUUUGUAAUCUGUCUAUUCUAUGUAUCCAUGUGGUUUAAGCUUGAUGGAUCAUAUAUCACUGACUAGUAACUAAAGUACCAAUCAUCAACAUGCAGCACCAGUUAAAAGCUUGGACAAGCUUAUUCAUUCAGGGUUUUCUUUCUACUGCUACUGUCCACAGUGUAGAGCAACAUUGAAUACAUCAAGACAAAGAAAUAACACAAAUAGAAUUAUAUAGUGAAGAAAAAAAGUGUAAAACCAAAUUAUGUUUCAUAUUCAAGUUUCGUCAAAAGUGGCCAGCUUUGUUCAUUACCUGAGUUUAUUAAAGUGUUCCAAAGUAUGCAGAACGCUAGUUGGCUUUCCUUCGCUGUCCACUCCGAUUCAUCCUAAAUCAUCUCAGUUAGGUUUAGGUGGAUGAUUAUGGAGUCCAUGUCUCCCAGUGGAGCACUCCAGCAGUUUUACUCAUCUAAAAAAUGUUUUACUUGUACUUUAAACAACUGCCUAACAGUUACCAUCAAAGCUACAAUCACAGCUCCUUCAUGCUGCAGUCAAAACCGUACAUGCAGACAUCAACCUUUUCUCUUUCCUGCACCUCACACAGGCUCAGCAGCUCCACCCAAAAAUCUAACAUCAGACUGCAGUCCAGAUCUCUACUGAUUAAAUGUCUAUUUCUUGUGUUUCUUGGUCCAGUAAUUUAUCUUCUUCUUGCUCUCUCCGAGCAAGGCUUUCUUUCCAGGAGUUGCACCAUGAACAUGGUAGAUGUAGAGAUAUGUCGUGGUUCCGUUAGUCGAUCACUGUCUGAGGCUGGUAACUCUGUUGGGCUUCCCUGCAGUACAGUACAUUCUUGGUCUUCUUUUCAUGGGAAACUCUUCAUGAGAACCAGUUUCAUCACAAUGUUUUAAACUGUACUGAACACUCUGUAUAAUACUGUGUUAGUGACUUAGGGCUUGUGAAAAAAAUGUGCCCAGUUUAGGAGGUUCCACAUUAUUUGUGGAUGUCAGAUCCAUCUUCAGUGGUAAAUACAAAUAUUCCAUCAGACUCUGUAUCAGAUAUUACUCAUAAAUUCAUCAAGAUCAGGGCCAAAAAGCACCUGGUUGCGACACCCUGCUGGCUGCCAUAGUGACAUUGAUAUCACUGAUUUGGCUUAUUGGCUCUGCAAACACUGAAAGCUAUGCUGAGCUUUGUCUGGGCCUACUCUAGUCUCUAUGAUGUAGUUUAUUGCCUAUUGUUCCUUUCAGUGUGUGACUAAUGGGUUAAACCUGGAGAUAAUCCCUGAUCCAUGUUGUGUGUCCUCAGGAAACACUCAGCUGGCCCUGCAGAUCAUCAAACGGAACCAGCUGCUGCCCGUGGUAGUCCAGAGGGUCUCCCCAGACUCCCGCAAGAAACCCAUCCAACCCUUUCAGUCUGUCAAUCCCAUCCAGUUGCCCUCAUCCUUCACACAAGUUCAGCGUAAAUGAGCCGCCUCCGACCACCCCUCUCCAUACAGCAGCCACCCU